AUGACAGCGGUGUUGGUGCGGGAGGAAGGGAAGGUUCAGCAACCAAUCUACUUCGUGAGUAAAGCACUGCAAGGAGCAGAGUUGAGAUACAGCAAAUUAGAGAAGUUGGCACUUGCACUCCUAACCUCUUCCCGUAGAUUACGACAGUACUUCCAAGGUCACCAGGUAGUCGUGAGAACAGAUCAGGGAAUCCGCCAGAUACUCCAGAAACCCGACCUGGCGGGAAGAAUGAUGACUUGGGCCAUCGAGUUGUCCCAAUACGACUUGCAAUAUGAACCCAGGCACGCGAUUAAGGCACAAGCCAUGGCCGACUUCUUGGUAGAAGUAACAUGGGGCUCAGCCGAGGCGACGAACAUACGGUGGAGGCUCCAAGUAGACGGAGCCUCCAACCAGACGUUCGGAGGUGCCGGGAUCAUCUUGGAGAGCCCCGCUGGGGUCAUAUAUAAACAAUCGAUCAAGUUUGAGUUCCUGGUAUCAAAUAAUCAAGCAGAGUACGAGGCCCUUCUGGGCGGUUUAACCUUAGCACGGGAAGUUGGCGCCACUAGGCUAGAAGUAUGCAGUGACUCGCAGGCCGUCACCUUUCAAGUUAACGGGACCUACCAAGACAAAGACUCCUUGUUACAGAAAUAUCUGGAGAAGGUUAAAGAGUUAAGCAAACAAUUUGAGGAUGUCACGAUCCAACACAUCCCGAGAGAAAGGAACACACGGGCGGACCUCCUGUCCAAACUAGCAAGCACUAAACCGGGGGCCGGCAACCGGUCUCUCAUUCAGGGUUUGAUAAAGGAACCAGUAGUCACCCUCCACUUGACAAAAGUAAAUCCCUCCUGGAUGGACCCGAUCACUGACUUUUUGGAAAGCGGCAAGCUCCUCGACGACGAGAAGGCGGCCAAAGCAUUGAGAAGGGAAGCGGCCAAAUACUCGACCAUACAAGGACAAUUGUUUAAAAAGGGACUCAGUCAACCUUUGUUGAAGUGCUUACAUCCUGACCAAACGGACUAUGUGCUUAGAGAGGUCCAUGAGGGGUGCUGUGGUCAUCACAUCGGGGGCAAAGCCCUAGCAAGAAAGCUCAUCAGAGCUGGUUAUUACUGGCCAUCAAUGAUGAAGGAUUCCAAAGAAUUCGUAAGGAAAUGCGUCAAGUACCAGGAGAACGCCAAUUUCCAUAAGGCGCCGGCUUCCGAGCUAAGCCUGUUGACAUCCUCCCGACCUUUCUCACAAUGGGGAGUCGACCUCUUGGGACCUUUCCCGGUUGGUCCGGGGCAAGUCAAGUAUCUCAUUGUUGCUAUCGACUACUACACCAAGUGGAUAAAGGCCAAGCCACUGGUCAGUAUAUCCUCAUCCAAUUGUUGA